UGGGCGUCAGCAAGCUUCGAGGGUUUUCAUUCUUCUCAUCCACAGGAAGACUUUGAGAGUAGAUAUUCUCAAGUAUUGUCUGAGUCAACUUCUAAUGUGGGUGCUUCACAAUGCACUCCCCUAGACCCUGUUGAAGAGGAAAGGCUAAGGAAUAGAUGUUGGGUAGAGGCUGUAGGAGGAAGGUAUAAGGGACGUGUGUAUGGAGUUGGUCAUGUUGACUCUAGUGAUGAUUGUGUUGAAAGUUAUCUACCACAGACAGAAGCGUGCUCCAGUCAGAAAGCUGAUUCACAAAAAAUUAAUCAACUGACACAACUACUGGAAAGUAGUGAGCAGCAAUUGGAAAGUAGUGAGGAAAAGAUUCAUGCUCUCUAUUUUUCACACUCUAUUCUUCAUAAUUCACAAUCAAAGAUACCAAAGCCUAAUCCAUCUGCCACUGGUGGUGGCUCUAAUGCUGGCAAUGGUGCCUCCUCUCUCAACCAACAACCAUAA